AUGAACCCCUUGAAGUAUGCCUUUGGGGUUUUAGCUGGAAACUUCCUGGGUUUUUUGGUCCACCAAAGAGGUAUUGAGAUGGACAAAAAAAAAGCAAAGGCAAUUAUUAAAGCAAAGUCACCGGCCACUAAGAAAGAAUUACAAAGAUUUCUUGGCCAGGUUGGAUAUUUGAGGAGAUUCAUUGCCAACCAUGCUGAAAAGACUCAUACAUUUUCCCCAUUGCUGAAAUUGAAAGGCGCUAAAGAAUUCAAAUGGACAGAACAGCACCAGCAAGCCUUUGAAGGUUUGAAAGGCAACCUGGCCAACCCUCUAGUGAUGAUGCCUCCAAUCAAGAAGCGGCCUUUAAUAUUAUACUUAUCAGCCGCCGAUGAAUCCAUUGGAACUUUUCUAGCUUAG